AUGUCUGAAAUCAAUGUCACCGCCGUUCUCUACCCCAAGGCCGACAAGGUCGACGAGGUCAUCGCCCUAGUCACCGAAGUGACCCGGAAAGUGCAAGACAACGAACCCGACACGCUACUCUACUACGCCUUCCGGGUCCAAGAUAAGAACGAAAUCGUGGUGGUGGAACGAUACAAGAACCAGGCCGCUAUCAAGGCCCACGUCCAAGCACCCUACUUCAAAGAGUUCGCUGGCAAGCUGCGGGGACUGGUGGACAAACCAAUGGAAUUGCGGAAUGGCAAGAUGCUGGGGGCAACGGGGGUGUCGCGGCUAUAG